AUGGGAAUGAUCUCGAGAGCAUCUGGGUUUUUACCUCAGUCAUCGGAAUUGCAAUUAAGAGAGAGGAAGAAACAUUUUAAAGGCACAGAAAAUGUAAAUGAUCUAUUAGGACUUAAUGAACCACAAGAAAAGUUCAAAAAUAAUAAUAUAAAGAAGAGAAUUUUAUGUGAUAGAGAUCAUUAUAUUCACAAAAUUGUAUGCUUUUCUCUAACGGUGUUAUCGUUCCUUCUCACACUCUAUAAAAUUGACCGAAAUAACCUUGUUGUAUGGGAUGAGGCUCAUUUUGGAAAGUUUGGAUCACAUUACAUAAAACAUGAAUUCUACCAUGAUGUGCAUCCACCAUUAGGGAAAAUGUUAAUUGCCUUAGGGGAGUAUCUUUCAGGUUUUGAUGGGAACUUUGAAUUCAAUUCUAAUACAACCUAUCCACCUGAAGUGAACUUUAAAUUCAUGAGACAAUACAACGCAGUAUUCAACGCGCUAUGCACACCAUUAACCUUCUACGCUGCAAAAAAUCUCAAUUUUGAUAUGAUGACGGUAUAUUUAGUUGCUUUAAUGGUCUGCUUGGAGCACUCAUAUAUUGUCUUGGGGAAAUUCGUUUUGCUUGAUUCAAUGUUACUCUUUUUUACAUUGUUGACAUUCUACUGCCUAACACAACUGUACAGAUUGAGGAAAUACCAAUUCACGAAGAAAUGGGCACUAUGGCUCAUUGCAACUGGCAUUUCGAUAGGAUGUGUGUGUUCAGUGAAAUGGGUAGGUGUCUUUGUAACAGCAGUUGUCGGCGUCUACACGGUGUUAGAAUUGUAUUCCUUACGUUGGAACAAGGGCAUAUCGAAAACAAAAUAUAUCGGUCACUGGCUCAUUAGAAUAGUGACUUUAAUUCUGCUACCAUUCUUUUUGUACAUGGUGUUCUUUAAGAUUCAUUUUUUGUUGCUCUAUAAAACAGGUCCAGGGGAUUCAUCUGCACAUAGUCUCUUUCAAGCAAAUCUAGAAGGGAACGAGAUUCAAUCUGGACCAAGAAAUGUCGCAUUUGGUUCAGAGAUCACUUUAAGAUCACAUGGGUUAAGUCCAGGACUUCUACACUCGCAUCCUCAAUCAUAUCCCGGAGGUUCCAACCAACGCCAAAUUACAGGCUAUGGCCAUAGGGAUAGUAAUAAUAAUUGGAUCUUGAAAUUUUCUAGAUCAUCAGGCAAGACAAUUGAUGAGAAAGAAUACCAAAACAAUCCCAUACUUGUGAAAGAUGGAGACAGUUUACGCUUGGUACAUAAAAACACGAAAAAUAAUCUUCAUACCCAUGAGAUUGAUUCACAUGUUUCCAGUGGAAAUUAUGAAGUUUCUGGAUACGGCGAUGAAAUUGUAGGCGACUUCAAAGAUGACUGGGUCAUCGAAGUUGUAGAACAGUUGCCUACCAAAAACAAAACCUUAGAAAAAAUCGAAUUGAUUCAUCCAUUAACGACUAACUUUCGGCUGAGGAAUAAAGAGUUGGGUUGCUACCUAGCUGCUACUGGCUUAUCCUACCCAAGUUGGGGCUAUAACCAAGGAGAAAUCGUUUGUAAAUAUCCUUGGAAUCAUCAUGACAAAUCCACAUGGUGGAAUAUCGAGGAUCAUAUUAACCCGAAGUUGCCUUUAGACGACAAAUUUGCGCCUCCACCAUCAAGGUUCUGGACCGAUUUCAUUGUUAUAAAUUUCGCAAUGGCAGCUUCAAAUAAUGCUUUGAUACCGGAUCUUGAUAAAGAAGACAAAUUAGCAAGCGAACCAUGGGAAUGGCCAACAUUACACCGCGGUUUACGUAUGUGUAACUGGGGUGACGAAACGGUUAAAUACUAUCUACUCGGAUCUCCAUUUAACACAUGGAUAACGACUUUAUCUCUCCCUAUACUACUGAUUUUACUUGCGAUGAAAUAUUUCAAGUAUCAACGCCAAUCUAUAAAAUUGAAUGAAGAUGAGAUCUGGAGUAUUAUAUCCACAGCAAUACUACCGUUUUUGGGUUGGUGUUUCCACUAUAUUCCCUUUUUUAUUAUGGGAAGGGUUACUUACAUUCAUCAUUACGUCCCUGCUUUGUUAUUUGCGAUCUUCUGUUUUGGUUAUGUUAUCGAUUCCAUUUUCGCUACAACCAAUAAGAUUCUAAAAAUAUUCAUCUACAUUAUUUUGUAUAUUGGAUGCGGUGUUGUUCAUUGGUACUUCUCGCCAUUAUGCCAAGGUAUGCCAGGAUCAAGCAUGAAGUAUCUGUAUUUACAGUUAAUUCCUACUUGGGACGUUACGAAUGCGAAAUACUACUAG